CGUCUUCAACACGGUGCGCGAACGAUGAAAGAUGUCGAUCAAAGCGAGCGGUGCAAAAAGAAAUCAGUUGCUAAUGGUUAAGGGCACGGUUCCGGUGGCGUGAUCGGAAGUCACCCGUGGUCUCUCGUGGUUCGAAUUAGCGCUAGGUAAGCUGGCAACCGCCUGAUCGCGAGCGACGGUGUACGGUUAAGGGGAAGAAAGUGAUUCGGCCCUACGGUGAGAAAAUAUUAAACGUGAAAGUUAAUAUGUCAUCGGUCGUGGCACGAAGCGGACGUACGACGUGCCGAAUAUCAUCGACGCGGGUAAUAAACAGAAUUGUUUUCGCGGCGGGUUUCUGCACGAGCGAGAGCAAAACUCGCGAGCAUCCCUCGUGCCGACGCGUGAGAACAAGAUAGAAAGUUGAGAGACUGUUAAAUCGCGGCCCGGAAAAAUGUCGUCGGCAAGUUAACAGCGGGAGGAAUGAAUGAAAUUUCACUCGAAUGUGUGAAACGUUCGGCGGAGAGGCGGCGAUGCUGCGUGAGGGUAUUCAAAUCGUGAAUACGUACCAGCAAAGUGGGCCGUGAAACUGCUGGUUGCAGAACGAGUCGAUCGGGGAAAAGAAGACACCAGGUGGAUCACAGAGGACCGUUGUUUUACUUGGUUUGUGCACACGGAAAGACACAGACUCGCACUAACAAGCGGGCAGUCGCGGCUGCCAGCUUUAAGUAGGCAUAUUCGUUGAACACGAUGGAACAAGGCUGACUCUCAGUGGUAAUAGCUUUCACGCACGCCGGCGGCCCAGCAAAAUGCAAAUGGUAGAACACCGCAGGGCGCCAUUUUUAGUUAGAUGGCACGCAGGUGCGGUCCAACAACGCCCCCACACCAGCCACUGCUAAACUCGCGCCUAGGAACACGUAAAAGCAUAGAGAGUCAGGCAGUGAAAAGGCAAUAGAAAAAUGAAACGUCUAACUGAAGAGAAAACAAAACAAGUUUUAGAAAAAUUAACAAAGUAUAUUGGAGACAACGUAAAGGUAUUAAUUGAUCGACCAGAUGGUAUUUACUGCUUUCGGGAAAGGAAAGGAAGAGUGUACUAUGUUUCUGAAAAAAUCCUUCCAUUGGCAAGCAUGGUUAGUCCUGAUCGAUUAAUAAGUUUUGGCACCUGUUUUGGAAAAUUUACGAAAUCAGGAAAAUUUAGGUUGCAUGUAACUGCAUUGUAUCAUUUGGCUCCAUAUGCACAACAUAAAAUAUGGCUUAAAUCGUCUGCUGAACAGCAGUUUUUAUAUGGACAUCACAUUUCUAAGUCUGGUUUAAGUAGGAUAACAGAAAACACACCUCAAUAUCAAGGAGUAGUUAUAUUUUCAACAAAUGAUGUUCCAUUGGGUUUUGGUGUAGCAGCAAAAAGUACAAUGGAUUGCAAGUAUGCAGAUCCAAUGGCAACAGUAUGUUUUCAUCAAGCUGACAUAGGUGAAUAUAUUCGAUCAGAAGAUACAUUAAUUUAACAACACUGUAAAAAGAUUAUUUUUGUACUGUUUAAGUUCUAGAUAAUAAAUCUAUAAUUAUAUAUUUCCGUAAA